AUGGCACAUGCACAUCAUGACAUCGGUUCCCUCUGGUGGCCAGAAGAGCGAAUCAAAUCAACCAUAAACACCAAGUAUAUCGUUGACCAACUACUCGCUCCAAAUGUACCUCGGCUCUUCGACCUCCCCAAAUGGGGUGAAGGUCUAACCAGUGAAACAUACAUGGAAUACAUCCUUCUCAAAGCAGGUCGAUUAUUCCUGAUCCUGAAUGAAAUUGGAAUUCCCGAUCGCAUUUUCGCUCUAGUCGACGAGUCAUGCGACGACGACGAUCUACCUAUCGCAGAACAAAAUGUUGAUCGGCUCUACCUCUCCCCACACGGGAAUAAUCCUGCUCUCGAUUCGAAAUUCUUUCACACGCAAUGGCGUUUUGUCGUUCGAGGAAUAGCAGAAGGAGACCAUAUUACAUAUACCGGUAAUGAAGGUGUUCCUGUUCAAGUUUUACGAACAACCGGAAUCACAAAUGAUCUCCAAGGUCGCGAUGAGACAGUUGAUAAAGUCGUUCUUGCCGGUUCAGAAUGUCGAGUACUCAUGCGAACACAAGUUCAAGUUGGUGGUGCACCGCAUUUCUUUUCAUCGGACGAAGUCCUUUCUGAGAUUCGAGCACUCCGCAAACUAUCACAUCAACAUAUCAUCUCUCUCUACGCUUCAUAUUUCGUCGAUGAUAAUGUCUGUGCACUUUUCACGGGCGCGGAAACAGAACGCACACUACACAAUUUCUUAACUGAUGAGCCACCUUCAUUUAAGCGUCUUCCCAAAGAACAACGCCGCGAUACUCUAAUCACCUGGCCACACUGCUUAAUGUCUGCUUUGUCAUGGCUACAUAUACACGGCCACACCCAUGGUGCGAUAAGACCCUCGAACAUCUUAAUCGACGCCGACUUCCACAUUCGUCUAGGCCAAUACCAUGCUCUAGACUCUAUCCUCGCACCACCCCGAGUCAAUGAUCUAGAGAGCUAUCAAUACUCCGCCCCAGAGCGCUGGGUGCGUGCCGAAACUCCAAUCCAGCCAGUUGCAGCAGUACCAGCUCGUACACAUCUACCCUCAGGUGGUCGUACAGCCCAAAGGAAAAAACCAAGCCGUCUUGCACUGGCACCACUAAGUGAAAACACAGCUUCAUCAGACCUGUCCAGUCCGAAAUCCUCUUCUUCAAAAGAAACAGUUAUCCGUAUCGGUCUCCCGGGCUCACCAUCACGAUUCUCAUUCGCAUUUUCAUCUUCUUCAUCCUCUUCUUCUUCAUCUUCUUCAAAUGUCAGCGAAAUAGCGUCUUCAUCUGCAUCUCCAUCUUCAACCCCCGGCUCAAAACACAGGAGUACAUUCUGGUCCAAAAGACCAAAGCCACUAAACUCCAAAGCAUCCCUAUCCUCCAUCAGAACAACAACGACAACGACAACAGCUCCAUCCAUCCUCUCACCCUCAACCUCGGCUUCAGUUCCAGAUGCCCUCCCCUCACCCACCCUCGCACGCCCAAACUCCUCAACCCCCCACGCCUCGGAUAUCUUCUCCAUAGCAGCUAUAAUCCUCGAUAUCCUCACACACCUCUGCAAACGCUCGAACUCAUCAUUCGCAGCGCAUCGCUCAGCCCGAAACCGCUCAGCAGGUCGUGGUGGCGGAAUGGCAGAUGCAUCAUUCCAUUUAGCUCGGAAUGCUGUGCAGGUGCAGUCAUGGAUCGCGCUAUUAGAAGGGGACUCAUUGAAACGAUGCCGGAGAGAUCGAGGGAGUGAUCGUGUGUUUUGGGCUGUGCCACGGAUGCUUAUUGUUUUGAGGGCUAUGCUUGAUGCGGAGGCUGUGAGGAGACCUAGUGCGAGGAGGGUGUGGAAGUGUUUUGGGACUGCUAUUAAGGAUGUUCCUGCUUCUCUUUCCGGUGGAGGGGGUGCGGUGAGAUUGUGUUGUUCUGUGGAGAAUGAGAAGGUGGAGAAAAAGUCGAGGAAGAAGAAUAAGGGGAUGGAUGUGAAGGUAAAGGUGAACGAGGGUAUGGGUGUUGUUGAUCAUGAUCAUAUUCCUGUUCCCGAGUCUCCUGCUUUAUUUGAUUUUGGGUUUUCGGGCGUUGAGAGUGAUGGUGAUAUGACUGGACAGGAGUCUGAUGCACAUGAGCCUUCGCUUCUGGAGGAAGAUGAAGAUGGGGAGGAGCAGGAUCUUGACUCUGAUACUAAGGUUGAUCGUGUGUCGCCGCAGUUGUCUUUACCGGAUUUGGAUCUUCAUUUAACGGGGAUUGAAGGCUUGACUCUACGUAGUUAG